GAAUAACAAUGCUUUGUUUGUCAAGAGGUAGUAUAAAAAGCCCUGAAAACAUGGGGAAUCUCUCCAUCGGAGACCAUGGGCAAGAUCAUUUUUUACGAGGACAAGAACUUCCAAGGCCGGAGCUAUGAGUGCAGCAAUGACUGCACAGACCUUCACUCGUACUUCAGCCGCUGUAACUCGAUCCGGGUGGAGAGCGGCUGCUUCAUGAUCUAUGAGCGGCCCAACUUCAUGGGCCACCAGUACUUCAUGAGGAGAGGAGAAUACCCUGACUAUCAGAGAUGGAUGGGUUUCAGUAGCUGUAUUCGCUCUUGUCGGAUGAUUCCAUUGUAUCGUGGCUCCUACAGAUUGCGAAUCUACGAGAAACCAGACUUCAGCGGUCAUAUGAUGGAGUUCAUGGAUGACUGUCCUUGUGUGUCUGACCGUUUCCAUCACCGUCAUGUUUACUCCAGUAACGUCAUGAAUGGCUUCUGGAUCUUCUAUGAGUAUCCCAACUACCGGGGCAGACAGUACUUCCUCCGGCCUGGGGAGUACAGGAGGUACCGUGACUGGUGUGCCACCUGUGCCAUUGUGGGGUCCUUCCGGAGGGUCACAGAAUUUUAGCCAUUAAGCAAAUCUUGCUGUAAAUAUAAAACAUUUUGUUUAUUAAAGAUGUUGAAUUUUUAAA